GUACAUUUAUGAUGCUAGGAUGCCUGAGCGGUACAGAUGGGAAUUACCAAGACGAAGUUGUAUGAUUAUAUUACGUAAGCUUCGUCGAGGUCGUUUCCAGUAACUGCCCGUGUCGCUCAUGUAAUCAGUGCAUUUAAUUACUAGUAUCACGUGCGAUUAAAUACUAGCAUAACUAAAUUUUGGUCCAGUCGUCAAAAGAUACCAUCAAGCAUGCAUUGGCCAAUUAUAUAAACCGACGAGAACCACUUAAAAAAUUUAAAAGCGUAUCAUUGACGGAACAAUCGAAUCGUAUUGCUUUAAAGUUAUUUAAGUAUAUUUCUUUGGUUUUAUCUGCGGUAUUAACUGAUAAAUAAAUUCUUGAUAAUAAAUAUAACAAGUAACAUCGUCCAUAAAAAUAUUAAUCGAACAUUAUGUUUUUGCGGAACUAAAAGUAUCUGCGCGAGUACAAGUUUGAAACAAUUACUUCAGAAUGGAUAAUAUUCUGCUUAUCGUUCAAGUGGUAUUUUCCAUUCUUCUUUUAUUAUUGUACAUUUGGUUCGCUAACGCAAUUAAAAAUCAAUCAUGCUUGGGUUUGAAACGCGAAAUUUCAAGCAUUCGUUUCUUACUAAAAUUUUGGUGGUCGGAGUAUUACAUCAAUAUGAAAAAGAAGAAACAAAAGAAUUUGCAUAAUUGUAGAAAGAAUCCUUUAGAAAAUUUGGAAAUCAAAGAUGAAGAUAGUAGUAACAGCAUGCUCUUCUAUGGCACUGAUCAGAAAGGAAAUUCUGUAUUUAUUAAAUUCUCUUAUAGAGGAUUUAAAACAGUAGAAUUGUCAUUACAUCUGGCUACAUCUGACGGUCGAUUAUAUGUCUUACCUGUAUAUCCUGAUACCACAUUAAUAAGUAAUCACAAUCAAGAAUGGACUGCAGGUGGUCUUAAAAUUGAAUUAUUAAAAUCUCAGGAACGUUGGAGAAUAGUCUAUAAUGGUAUGCUUAAAAAUUUGAAUCAAGUUGAUGAAUGUAGCAAUGAGAAUAUAGACCAUAUUCGCUUUAACUUCAUAUUCAUUGCAAAUUUCGAACCAUUAAAAUGGCCAGAUGAUUGGAGUUCGAAAUUGCAUGCAGAAGCAUUAGCUCUUGAACCAUGGAAGAGCCUCAAAUGGAUGAACAAGAUAAAAUUACUAGAGUACUCAGGUUUUGAUCAGUUUGGGUCUAUGUUGGGUCAAGUGAUAUAUAGUAAUGGAAUUGUUUCUACUUUAUAUUUGCGUGGACUUCAUCAACAUCGCUGGGGAAAGCACGAGUCUCAAGAGUUUCACGAAUCUGUUACUCUGUUUGGUGUAAUGCCGCAUGGAGCAAUAUAUUAUCUCAGUGCGGGCAGCACAAAACAUAGUUUUCCACAAAUACAGUAUGGUCAGUUAAAUGAUAAUAACGAAGAAAUUCGUGAGAUAGAUAAUAUAGAACUCGCGUUAUCUGAUUUUACACAAGAGAAAUUUAUGGAGAAUUUGGAAUACAAAGUGUGGUUCACAGCCGAAGGUAAAGAGUAUAAUAUUCUUGUAAAACGCGAUGACCCGGUAACUUUAUAUUAUGGUCAACCAUGUAAUUGGGCAAAUAAAAUUGUGACCGUAAAAUUGACGUUAAACGGGAGAUCAGGUGUUGGAUUGAUGCAAUUAUGUUAUCCUUACGAUGGGCCAUGUCAAGCAAAAACGCAUACAAUAUUCCCAUCUCUGAAACAACUUCGUACGUGCGUACAAACCAACGAUUACGUAGUACAUUUCAACGACGAAAAUUGUCGAAACGAAAAUACUGUUGGUGGGAAAGGAUUUUCGCUUGCAACUUUAACUUCAAUUAAUGAUGCAGAUGUUAUUGUACCAAAGGGAUUUUGCGUAACAGUAUUUGCCCUUAAAAUGCAACUACACGAGCACAAUGAAUUACAGAAAGUAAUUGACGAUAUUCAGAAUGUUUGUGUAGGUAAAAAGGAAGGCGAUCUGGAAAAAUGCUGCGACGUAGCCGUUCGUGCUAUUCGAUUGACUCCUAUGAUAGCGGAAGUGAAGGAAGCAAUUUUGAAAGCAUUGAAAGAAUUAGAAUCUGAAGACAAUAAUGAUAAACUGUACAGAUAUGCUGUAAGAUCUAGUGCUGUUGGCGAAGAUAGCGAAGAAACCUCAGCAGCUGGUCAGAAUUCAACGUAUUUGGGUGUACAAGGCGCAGAUAAUAUUAUCAAGAAUGUAGCCAUGUGUUGGGCAAGUUUAUUUUCAUACCAAAGUGUCAAAUACAGGAAACAACAUGGUGCGUUUGUAAAAGCAUCUAUGGGAGUUUGCGUACAAAAAAUGGUGAAUGCUGAUGCUGCUGGUGUUAUGUUUACCAGACAUCCAACCACCGGAGAUCCCUCAAACAUGGUUAUCACGGCUAAUUAUGGUUUGGGAGAGACUGUCGUGUCGGCAACGGUUGAACCGGACACGAUAAUCGUUCAUAAAAGUUGGGACAACAAGUUCACUGUAAAAAGUUUAACAGUAGGAAAUAAACAGCAAAAAAUGUUAGCAAGCAGCGAUGGAGUGGUGACGAUCAAUUUAGACGACAAAGAGAAUAAAGCUGUUUGUGUUUCGGAGGAGACUGUUCUUCGAUUAGCCGCCAUAGGAGCAAAGUUGGAAACUCUGUUCGGCAGUGCACGAGACAUAGAAUGGGCAGUGAUCGAUGAAAAGAUUUAUUUACUCCAAGCACGACCUAUCACCACAUUGUACGCGUGGACGGAGUUUGAGUUGAAACACGAAUUGGAUAUGGGUGUGCCCAGCGACAUAGACAUGCUUAUCUUUUCCAACGUAGGCGAAGUGCUUCCAUACCCGAUAUCACCUUUAACGCUUUCAGUUAUUAUAUACGGAUUAAAUAAAUCAGCGAAGGAAGUAAAAGCAACGUCCAGUCGUCGAUGUAUGAACGUAAUAGCAAUGAAAUGCCUCAUAAAUUAUUACAAUACAUUUUUAGAAUAUCCGACCAAAGAAAUUUCAAUUACGCACAAAAUGGCCGAUAUAGCUGUUAGCGGAACCGUUAUAAUAACACCAGAGAUUCAUAGAAUUGCUUGCGAAAGAAACAGCUUGGCUACUCCACGUCAACAAUUUACAUCACUUUGUAGAAUGAUAAAAGAAGCGAUGAAGAAUAGUGCAGUGGAGAAAGCUGCCAAAGAAAUUGAUCAAAAUUUUGUUCUGAACACUGAACAUUUUCAUACUGCACAUAGUUUAUACAAUGAGAUCAAUGAUAAUUUUCCUGUAUAUUUGGAGGUAUCGAAAUAUCAUAUGCAUACAUCAAGAGUCAGUAUUUCUUAUCAAAUUUUUACAUUGUCGCUAUUGACAAGUGGUUAUGAAGAUAUCGUACCAGAUCAUUUGUUAGACAUUUCAGUAUUGUUAAGCUCUUGUAGCGAUAUCAUUAGCGGCGAAGUGCUAACGAUGCUUAAGAAAAUAGUGAAUUACAUCAGGACAGAUAAAAAAGAUGAGGAAUUUCGAGAAUUGGAUCCUAAGGAGGCUAUUAAUUGGCUGGAAGUCAAUUGUUUGCCAGCAGCAAGAGAAUUUGAAAACCUUCUUAAAAAACAUGGACAUAGGUGUAUCCAAGAAAUGGAUUUUAUCUCCGAGCCCUGGGCCUUUAAGCCCGAGAAUCUUAUCAUCACGCUUCAGACGAUGAUGACGUCGUCAGAAACGAGCAAUUCCAAGAAAACACUUAAUGCGGAAGAAACGGUAGCGUCUUUAAAGACGCCGAAAUCAUGGAUUGUUAAGUUGCUUUUAAAGAAACUCGUACCACUUUUUAGAGAUGCUGUUGUACGUAGAGAAAUGACGAAAGCCAUAUUCGUAAAUGUCAUACACAAAUUUAGGUUGGCAUACAUAAGACUGGGAAAGCUGAUGGUUCUAGAGGAAUAUUUACCCAGUGCGGAUCUUAUAUUCUUUUUAACAAACGACGAAAUAGGACAACUGUUGAAUCAUCGUAACACAACGUUUGUUCAAAAAGCAUUCCAUAGAAGAAGGAUCUUCCCACGAUUGAGAGAACUUCAGUAUUCGGAAUUCAAUAUUGGAAUACCAAUUCCAAUAAAGGAUGAUUUAGAUAUGAUAAUGUCUGACGAAUCUGUGAAAGUUCAAGGAACACCGGUGUGCGGUGGUUCUGUACGCAACAGAGCGUGCGUGAUAACAGACUUAUCGGAUGCACAAAAGAUACAAAACGGCGAUAUUUUAAUUACUUACGCCACCGAUAUAGCUUGGAGCCCGUAUUUCGCGUUACUGAGUGGUAUAGUCACGGAAUUGGGUGGACUUAUAAGCCAUGGAGCUGUGGUAGCUAGAGAAUAUGGACUGCCUUGUAUAAUUAACGCCAAGAGAGCUACGCAUAUGUUUCAAACAGGUGACACCGUGUUACUAACCGCAGAUACUGGAAUUUUGCAACUAGUGAAAAGGCGCGACCAAAAAGAUGCAGAGUCAUGCAAAUGAUAUUCCCCAAUGCAAAUAUAAUAUUUUUGUACAAAUAUUGCAUUAAAUUUCAAUAACAAGCAACACUUCUAUUUCGC